GAGUUUUUGAAGAUAAUAUGAGUUUCUUUUAUUGAAUGAUAAUUAAUUUUGUUUAUUAGUUCAAGUAUAACUCACAUCAAUGAGUCAAACAGUAAAUAAAACUUUAGCAUCCUGACUGAAAAACAUUAGCUUGUGAAAAUUAAUUUUUUACAUAAUAUCGAUAUUUUCUGAAGCAUCGAUAUGUAAUAAAUUUAUUAAAAAAGAUUCGUGUAAUGGCAUAAUAAUAUAUUCAUUGAAGAAACUUAUCUUUUUAAGAAAUUAUUUUAAGAUUAAUUACUGAUGCAGGGAUUUUGUGAGUUCCGUGUGGAUAUCUGCAAAAAAAUAUCAUUUAUUGUUAUCAUAUUCCAGUGUAUAUACAAAUCGAAGAUAUAAAUAUCCCUUAUUUCUAAGUUUUCGAAUAUAUGCUGUUUUUAUACGACAACAAAACAAAUUAAUUUUCCUGUGCAAUAACUGAGUAUGAAGAUGAUGUGCAUCCCUUGGAAUUGAUUUUAACUUAUUUUCAUAUGAACUUGGCCUAAAGGAGGCUAACAUCUAGUUUUAUAUUGUAUUAAAAAUAUUUUCCGAAUGGAAAAGAAGCACUUCCCCAAUAAACCACGGAACCAUCUAUCUGCUACAUGCAACACAGCUCCUAUUCAUCCGUCAUCUGCAUCAAUCGACACUAAGUACAAUAUAGGUACUCAUAACUCAGUGACUGGCCAUGCUGGUACUUCCGGUGCUUCAAAUUCAACUACUGCUGACUUAGCUAGUCUUUUUGAGUGUCCUGUGUGCUUUGAUUAUGUUUUACCACCAAUUUUGCAAUGUCAGAAUGGGCACCUUGUGUGUGCAUCUUGUCGUCAUAAAUUAACAUGUUGCCCUAGUUGCAGAGGACCUAUAGGCAAUAUAAGAAAUUUAGCCAUGGAAAAGGUUGCUACAACAGUUUUUUUCCCAUGUAAAUAUUCUCAGAGUGGCUGUAAGCAACAGUUGAUGCAUACUGAAAAAGCUGAUCAUGAAGAACUUUGUGAAUUCAGGCCAUAUUCAUGCCCUUGCCCUGGUGCUCAAUGUAAAUGGUUUGGGUCAUUAGAUCAAGUGAUGCCUCAUUUAAUGGCCAUACAUAAAUCCAUAACAACUCUUCAAGGUGAAGAUAUAGUUUUUCUAGCAACUGAUAUAAAUCUUCCGGGGGCUGUUGAUUGGGUAAUGAUGCAAUCCUGUUUUGGCCAUCAUUUUAUGCUUGUUUUGGAAAAGCAAGAAAAAGUUGAUGGUCAGCAAUUUUAUGCAAUUGUUCAGUUAAUUGGAUCUAGAAAACAGGCAGAAAACUUUAUAUAUAGAUUGGAAUUAAAUGGAAAUCGCCGUCGAUUGACUUGGGAGGCCACACCCCGAAGCAUACUAGAAGGUGUUACGCCUGCUAUCAUGAGUAGUGACUGUCUGGUCUUUGACACUAAUAUUGCACAGAUAUUUGCUGAUAAUGGCAAUCUGGGAAUUAAUGUCACAAUAUCUCUAUGCUGAUGAAUUUUUGUUAUUUUUAUCUUAUAUUUUACAUUUAUUAUUUUUUUUUUGACAGAUCACGAUUGAAUAAUCAUAACAUCUUUUGAUGGUUGCUAGUGUGCGUUUGUGCCUCUUAAGUUAGUCUUAGAGGAAGAUUGCAACAAAAAAAAAUUUUUUGUGUUCGUGUACAUAUUGCUUACAACCCACAUAAUAAAUACUAUUGGCAGUUUUUAGUUUCAUCAAAAAAUUUAGGAAUGAUUGUCAUUUUCAGUUCUGUAACAAUUGCUGCCUAUAGCAUACUUCUUUUCGUUUUAUUUUACAUAUUCCAUUGAUCAAAAAUACUAAUUAAUUGUACUGAAAAUAUUACAAAAUAAAGACAAAUUUAUUGUAAAUUUUUUUUAGAAUUAUGUUAUAAAAAGUCCUAAUAAAUCUUGGUAAAAUAUUUGUUAAUUAAUCUGAGUAAUUUGUUUCUUUGUUGACACUUCUUAAAACUUUUGUAAACUUAAAUUUGUUUAUAACUGUAACAUUAAAGAAAUUGAAUCAAUUUUAAAAAUGCCUGAAGCUAUUUGGGUUUUAAAUUGAUGUCUUUGUAUAAAUCAGAAUAGGCUAGUCAGUUUGGUUCUAGAUAUUAUGUUGCAUAAUCAUAUGACUAAAUAAAGUGAGGACUGUGAAAAUCA